AUGGCCAUGUUUGAUGACAUUUUAAGCAGAGCUGAAAGCCUCUCAUCAUCCAAAUACCACUCUAAAAUCAACAAUUUCCUCUCAAGCAAAAAAAAUAGCCGGUUUUCGGACAUUUCUCCGCAGGAUAACCCUUACAGUGGCACCACCUUCGAUAAAGAUCUCAACAGCAUAUUUCGCGCUAGUGAGCACUUAUGGAAAACGAAUUCGGGCUCUGUCCCGAUGAAGAAAAGUUUUCUAUUUGGAGAAAAGGGUGUAGUGUUCGGGACUUCUGUACCCGCUCUCAAGGAAUCGCAGCUUGUUCCUCAAUCCAGUGAUGAACUAGAGAUCGAUGUAGACCGAGAACGCGUCCGGCUAGAAACGGAGCGGUGCUUUUUCAACCAUGUACUCCUUUCGCGUCCAAAACCGCCUAUAACCUCUUCUAUAAAGUUGACGUCUAAGGUGAAUGUAUAUUCUUGCACAUCUCGAACAGAACGGGAUUUCUCGUGGACAACGUUUUCAAAGUUCGUAGACACCGUUUUCAAAGUUGAAAAGAAAGCAAAAAGUCGUUUUUAUAGUUUACUAGAUUAUCAGUUGGGCUCCGCACUUACGCGUGCAUCACAACGAAGGACGCAUCGAGCAGGAGCGAGCUUUUCGAUUGGAGCUCCAACUUUCAACAAAUCUGGAUUAGGAGGGUCUGGAUUAUGA